CCUCGCGCCGUAUUUCCGGGGCUGCUUCAGGAAUGUAAACUAUUCAACAUGGAGACAGCAGUUGAUAAGCUGGAGGCGAUGUUCCAGAAGGCCGAGGCGGAUAUCGAGUACGUGGAGAAGCGUCUGAAGUUCGAUUUCAUGACGAGUGCUCGGGAGAACAGCACCGCUGAGGGGAACCCCGUUCAGCUGCUGGAGAGUCUGGCGGCCAUUAAGGCUCGCCACGGCGCUCUGUGUGUGCAGAUGGAGGAGAUCGCCGCUGAGCAGAAACGCUCGAUGGAUUCGAUCAGAUCUCACCUGAACACCACGGUGAAGCUGGUGGAGGAGCUGCAGAACACGACAGACAUGCAGGUUCCUCCACUCACACAGGAAGAACAGGAAGCAAGAGAUUCCCUCUGUUCGUCCGUCACAGCUCUGUCUAUAAAGACACAGUGUGAAGCGCACACACAGCAAGAGUCUAACUCGCAGGAGAAGUGCAGAGACGUGAAGGACGCGGAGUUCGAAGCCGUUCCGCGAAGCGUACGAGGAAACAUCAAGCUCAGUGACGUCAAUGCCCUGUACACACAGCUGACCGAACACUUCUCCUCAGACAACAACAGAGCGCCUCUGAGUUUGCAGAAGAUGAGGAAAUUGAACAUGAGAGUGAGCGAGGCUGCAGUUAAGACGCUGAAGCACCUCGGCCUUGUUGAGCUGGAUAGGAAAGGCUCUGUCUCUCUCCCGUCCUCACACUGAGGAUAAAAUCACCGAACUGAACACACGCUCUACACUCGUACGCUCGGAAAUAAACGAGUUCCAGAGCAUCAGACUCUGCGUUCUCCUCUAAAUGACAUUUAUCACUUCAUACUCUGGGAAACGUCGUUUUUAGAAACUUAAAUACGAUGUUCAGAUUAGUUGUGUGUCAGUAACCCGUUAUAACAUUUCAGACGCACGGUAUUUCUAACAGUGUGGCAUACAGAGAGAGAGCGAGCGCAAUCCCAUAAUUCUGUUCACCAUCUCUCCCAGGUCAACACCGAGUCAGGUGAGAACAGGUAGAUUAUUUCAAAAUGUACCAUCAUUAUAAUAUAGUAAAGCUGGAAAAAGUCCAAAUUGCACUAUUUUUAUACACAAAAAGCAAUGUUUCCGUGGAUGAGUCAUAGCGUGGAAAUGUUCUUUUCAUUGUGUUACUGAAUCUGUGUGUGUGUGUGUGAUGUGUUUAAUUAAAGUCUCAUUAAACUAUAAAUUCCAA